AUGGUUGCUAUCAAGUCUGUCACUCUUUUCUCUGUCCUUGCUGCUCUUGUUGCUGCUGCUCCUGCUGCUGCUCCUGCCGCUUCUAACGAGCUUAAGGCCCGCUCUGCUGAGGAAAUCCUUGCUCCUUAUGUUGAGAUUGCUAAGCGUGAAGCUGAGGCCUCUCCUGCUGGCGCCCUUAGUCUUACUUCUAUCACCACUCUUAUUCUUUCUCUCAGCGCCUUCCUUUCCUCUGCUCUCACAUCCCUUUCUACUCUUGACCUUAACGGUGAUUUGAGCGCUGUUGGUGAUCUCCUCACUAACCUUACUACAGUUGUUACUCAGCUUAUUACGGCUCUCACUGGCUUCACUGUUGGCUCUGGUCUCAGUGCUUCUCUCAGCACUCUUCUUAUCAAGACUGGUCUUAAGACUCUUCUUAACCUCCUUCUUACCAUUGUCAACCAGCUUGUUUCCGAGCUCACUGGCAAGACUCUUUCUACCACCCUCAUCAGUAUUAUUGCUUCUCUUCGUGAUACUCUUAACAACCUUUCCACUCUCCUUGGCUCUUCUGGUCUUGGCGAUGGUGUUACCAGCAUCAUUGCCUCGAUUGUUGCUCUUCUCAAUACCCUCCUUUAA